AUGGCCAGCUACGACAUGGAGGCCUCGCCCGCCCCCGAGGACAAGGUCGACGAUGCGAAGAAGAUCAGCUUCCGCUUCUGCCGCGAGUGUUCCAACAUGCUCUACCCCAAGGAAGACAAGAUGACCAACACCCUCAUGUUCGCAUGCCGGACCUGCCAGUUCAGCGAACAGGCCAACGCGAGCUGUAUCUGGCGCAACAUGCUCAAGGAGAACGUCCAAGAGACGGCUGGCAACGUCGACGACAUCGCACAGGAUCCUACGCUCCCACACGCCGAAGAAGAAUGCAGCAAGUGCGGCCAGCGAGAUGCCGUGUUCUUCCAGAGCCAACAGCGCACUGCCGAGACGGGGAUGGCCCUCUUCUACGUCUGCUGCAACUGCCAACACGUGUGGUCGACGCUUGAUGCAAAGAAGUAG